AUGACCAUCUCUCGCCCUGAGCAAUCCGUGACGGCCAGCUUCCGAGACGUGCCGAAUAAUACCAAUAAAUAUUGGUGGUUCGAUGCAAGCCUUCGCAUCAAUGUACUUCACUGUGUCGGUCUUUGUGGCACCCUCUUCUUCAAUGGAUAUGACGGAAGUCUAUUUAAUGGUCUUCAAAGCAUCAGUCAAUGGCAAGAAUAUUUUGGAUACCCAGACCCAUCGACAUUGGGUCUGAUGAACUCUGCUGGAUUUCUGCCUGGGUUGAUUGCCAGUUUCUUUGGCGAUGCAAUUGCUCGGUACCUCGGACGCCGCUGGAGUGUCUGGAUUGGCUCAAUGAUCACUGCGGUUGGGGCUAUUGUCAUGGGCAUCUCUGCAAAUGUUGGCGUGUUUUGUGCAGGCCGCGCCAUCACUGGAUUCGGUACCUCUACUGCUGUAGCCGUCGCACCGACUUUACUGCAGGAGAUAUCCCACCCUCGGAUCCGGGCGCAAGUAUCGGGAUUCUAUACUUGCAUAUACUACAUUGCAGCCAUUCUUUCCGCUUGCGUCUGUCUUGGAUGCAUGAAUCUGGUUGGCGAGAAUUCUUGGAGAAUACCAUGUUUCCUUCAAUUAGUCGGACCUAUCGCAACCUUGCUGUUGACUGUCACUAUCCCAGAAUCACCCAGAUGGCUCAUCCUCCAUGGUCAUCACGAAAAGGCUCGAAAAAUUCUAGUUGUACACCAUGCAAAUGGCAAGGACGAUGAUCCGCUCGUCAACCUUGAGUAUAGAGAAAUCUGCGCUGCUCUGGACGAAGAAGCGGUCAAGAAGCAGACACGAUACUUGGAUCUGGUUAGGGGUCGGGGAAAUAUUCACAGAUUAGCGAUCGCGCUGAUUAUUGCCGUGGGCACCAACUGGGUGGGCAACGGUAUCGUAUCAUACUAUCUCAGCCCUAUCCUAGCGUCUCUGGGAAUCCAUUCGACCUCAACGCAACUCGAGAUCCUAAUCGGUCUCCACGUCUGGAAUCUGAUUGUGUCAACUCUGGCAGCGUUUUAUGCUGACCAUGUCGGUCGGCGGCCCCUUUGGCUGUCGUCUACCGGUGGCAUGCUCGUCAUGUUUUGCAUUGUCAUGGGCCUUUCGGCGGGUUAUGACAAGACACAAAAUACUGCGAUUGGCGCGGCAGCGAUUCCCUUUCUCUUUCUCUUCUAUGGCGCUUACGACCUCGCAUGGACGCCCCUUGCCUACUCAUAUCCUGUCGAGAUCUUUCCAUUCUCCUUGCGAACCAAAGGUCAAGCUAUUUUCAUUGCUACACAGACUUUGGCUGUCUCUGUCAACACUUGGGUCAACCCCAUUGCUCUCGAUGCUCUUGAAUGGAGAUAUUAUGCUGUGUAUAUCGCGAUACUGGCUGUUCUGCUCGUCGUAAUAUACUUUCUGUUUCCGGAGACCAAGAAUCUAACACUUGAAGAGAUUUCCUUGGUAUUUGACAAGGAAUCGGCUGUCAAGGCUGCUCGAGAGUCGCCAUCGGCAGAUGUGGAGCGCGUGCUUAGCAUUCGCGAAGACUCGGCCGACAAGACUAGUGAGUGA